AUGAAGCAAUGGAGCGGGGAGUCCAGCAUGCCACCUCAAGAUCCUCAGAGCCAGUCGCUGCUUGCAACGUCACGCGGCGGCCAGGAAGCGGAUUCACGGGCUCCGGAUCUCUUCUUCGGGCCGCCUCCUUACUUUCGAAGCUCCUCUCGCCGUUUCACGCUGGAAGCCUCGCCUCCUCCUUUCCGGAGUCUCUUCCACCCCGGCAUGAUCCGGCGGCUUCUCAUUGGCUAUGCAAAGGAGAGAAGGUCGCGAGCGCCAAUGAGCGACGGCCACGGCUGGGAUCGGAGCAACAUUUGGCGCUGUGCGUGGAAGGGGAGCGGAGACUCGCGGUGGCCCCAUCGGAGUGGCUUGGCAGUGGAGCGGCGACAGCCAUGGGCUCGUUUACCGGAAGGCGGCUGUUGUUGGUGGAUUCUAGGAACAGUAAGCUGCACGUUGUUUCUGGCUGUCAACAGCUUGUAUUCCUCCAGUGACGAUGUUAUAGAGCUGACGCCAACAAACUUUAACAGAGAAGUCAUUCAGAGUGACAGUUUGUGGCUAGUAGAAUUCUAUGCACCAUGGUGUGGUCACUGCCAAAGACUGACGCCUGAGUGGAAAAAAGCUGCAACAGCAUUAAAUGGCGUUGUGAAAGUAGGGGCCGUCGACGCAGAUAAGCACCAGUCCUUAGGUAGUCAGUAUGGUGUGAAAGGAUUUCCCACAAUCAAGAUCUUUGGUGCCAACAAGAACAAAGCAGAAGAUUACCAAGGGGGCAGGACAAGUGACGCUAUUGUUGAUGGUGCUCUAAGUGCCCUUCGGUCAAUGGUGAAAGAUCGCCUUAACGGCAGAGGAGGUGGAUAUAGUUCUGGCAAACAGAGCAGCCGAGAUAGUGGAGGCUCAGGCAAAAAAGAUGUGAUUGACCUGACAGAUGACACCUUUGAUCAGAAUGUUUUGAAUAGCGACGAUGUCUGGCUGGUAGAGUUUUAUGCUCCUUGGUGUGGACAUUGCAAAAAUCUAGAGCCAGAAUGGGCCUCAGCUGCAACAGAAGUGAAGGAGCAAACCAAGGGAAAAGUGAAGCUGGCUGCAGUUGACGCUACAGUGAGCCAAGUGUUAGCAAGCCGGUAUGGGAUCCGUGGAUUUCCUACCAUCAAGAUCUUCCAGAAAGGAGAAGACCCUGUUGAUUAUGAUGGUGGACGGACUAGAUCAGAUAUUGUUGCUCGUGCUCUGGACCUGUUUUCUGAGAAUGCACCGCCACCUGAACUCCUAGAGAUUAUUAAUGAGGAUGUCUUGAAGCAAACAUGCGAUGCUCACCAGCUCUGUAUCAUUUCUGUUUUGCCUCAUAUUCUAGAUACAGGAGCUGCAGGUAGAAACUCCUACUUGGAAGUAAUGUUAAAGAUGGCAGACAAAUACAAAAAGAAAAUGUGGGGGUGGUUGUGGUCUGAAGCAGGAGCACAGCCUGAUCUUGAAAAUGCCUUGGGAAUUGGAGGAUUUGGCUAUCCAGCAAUGGCAGCGGUUAAUGCGCGGAAAAUGAAAUUCGCACUCCUGAAAGGCUCAUUCAGUGAACAAGGGAUUAAUGAAUUCCUAAGGGAGCUGUCUGUUGGCCGUGGGUCCACAGCACCAGUAGUUGCGGGGGGCUUCACAAAGAUUAACACAAUAGAACCAUGGGACGGGAAAGAUGGUGAGCUACCUGCUGAAGAGGAUAUUGAUCUCAGUGAUAUAGAUCUUGAUGACUGGGACAAGGAUGAAUUGUGAGAGGCUGAAGACAUUUAGUUUCUUGAGAGACUUUGGGUUGUGGUUUGGCACAUCCUCACUAUACAGCAGCCUUUUUGAAGGAGGAACCCUCAGUUGUCGGAAACACUGUUCAAGCGAACUGGGUUCCUCUCAAGAAAACCAUCUAAAAAUUCUAUGAAUUUUUUUGUUUUUUUGUAUCUGGUAAAAUUGAUUGUAUCUUGCGCAACAGGUAUCUUGAAGACAACACUGAUCUUUCAUUGAAAUUCUCAUUUUGGCCUUUGUCCCACUGGUAUGUACUGUUUGACCGUGACUUGAGAUUUUUUUAUUGUAACUAGUUUUAAAAUGUGAUCUUUCUCCCUUCCAAAUGGCAGUUGCUCUAGCCUUGAUUUCAAUGAAAGAAUAAAAAAAAAUAUUUUUGACACAC